AUGAGGCCACCACAAUGUGAGACCGUAUUCUCCCUCGUCAUCAUCAACAAGGCCGGUGGCCUAAUCUACAACAGGACAUUUCACGAAGGUGGCCUGAAUAAGAUCAGCACCAACGACUAUCUCGUCCUGGCCGGAACCUUUCACGGCGUCCACGCAAUCACAGCCCGUCUAAACCCCGUCAAGUCCACUCCGGAGCGGCCCCUAUCCAACAGCGUCCCCGGCGUGCCAGGCGGGAUCCUGACGCGGCCGGAGCCGCCUUCGGGGCUAGAGGUGCUCGAGUCGGAGAACUUCCGGCUGCAGUGCUUCAACACGCUGACGGGGGUCAAGUUCCUGCUGUUCACGGACACGACGCAGACGAACGUGGACGUGAUCAUCCGGCGCAUCUACGAGCUCUACUCGGACUACGUCAUGAAGAACCCGUUUUACCAGCUCGAGAUGCCGAUCCGGUGCGACAUGUUUGACCGGAAGCUGUUGUCGCAUAUUAGGGAGGUUAACAACAGGUAG